AUGGCGUCUCCUCAGCAAAUCCGCACCGACAUCACCGAUCUUUUCAAGAUCAACCACCCCAUCCUGCUUGCCGGCAUGAACGUGGCGGCCGGGCCCAAGCUGGCCGCGGCUGUCACCAACGCCGGCGGUAUGGGUGUGCUGGGUGGCAUCAACUACACGCCCGAGAUGCUCAAGGACCAGAUCGACGAGCUCAAGGCGCAUCUGACGGACAAGAAGGCUCCAUUUGGUGUCGACCUUCUGCUUCCCCAGAUUGGCGGCAACGCCCGGAAGACCAACUACGACUACACCAAGGGCAAGCUUGACGAGUUGGUCGACAUCAUCAUCGAGUCCGGUGCCAAGCUCUUUGUCUCGGCCGUCGGUGUGCCGCCGAAGCACGUCGUUGAGAAGCUGCACAAGCACGGCAUCCUCUACAUGAACAUGAUCGGCCACCCCAAGCACGUUAAGAAGUGCCUCGAAUUGGGCGUCGACAUCAUCUGCGCUCAGGGCGGUGAAGGCGGUGGCCACACUGGUGACAUUGCCACCACCAUCCUUAUCCCCGCCGUCGUCGAGGCCGUCAAGGGCCACAAGUCUCCCCUCACCGGCAAGCCGGUGCAGGUCCUCGCCGCGGGCGGUAUUCACAACGGUCAGCUGCUGGCGGCUGCGCUGAUGAUGGGCGCGAGCGGCGUCUGGGUCGGCACCCGGUUCGUCCUGUCCGAGGAGGCCGGCGCCCCCGAGUCGCACAAGGAAGCUGUCCGCACCGCCAGCUACGACGACACCAUCCGCACACUCAUCUUCACCGGCCGCCCUCUGCGUGUGCGCAAGAACCCCUACAUUAUGAACUGGGAGGAGGAGCGCUCCGAGGAGAUCAAGAAGCUUACUUCCGAGGGCAAGCUGCCCUACGAGGCCGACCUGGACAAGGUCAUGUCGGGUGAGGCAAGCGAGGACCCGGCCAUGAAGAACUCGGGCCUCCUUCCCUCCGGUGACGACAGCGAAGAGACCGACCUUGACGACCUCAUGGACCAGUUCCGGCCGUUCCUCAUGGGCCAAUGCGCCUCCGUAUGCAACGAGAAGAAGUCCGCCAAGGCGAUUGUCGACGAGUUCAUCCGGGAUGCGGUCGCCUGGAUGAAGAAGGGCAACUCGUACCUGUCGGCGAAACUCUAA